GCUCCAACUCUCCCAUCAGGACCACAGAGAUGUCCAGCUUGGUUGAUAACAACACAAGGGAGAAACUUUACCCAUUUUGCAUUUCAACAGGCUCUGAAUAGUGGUUUUAACUUCAGAAAAUUGAGGGAAGCGGAGUUUUUUUGUGUGUGUGUUUUUAGUUCAUUUAUUCAUUAGAAAACACAGAUAACUCAGCCGCCCUGCGCUGCGUUGCGCUUCCAUAUGUCGCGAAAGCAGGUCGACCAUGACUACACCCUGCGGAGUAUGAGCAACCUGAUGGGCGACCGCUGGAAGAAAGUCAACGACGGAGGUGAGCGUAGCCUCAUCAAGGCUGCGUCCAGCGGCAGCAUCAGCAGCCAGGGCGCAGCCUCUGCGGGCGCACCAGCUCCUGCAGCCGCCUCCUCCUCCACCAACACCAGGGACUUGGAGCGGGCUGCGCGCAAGCAGUUCCAGCAAGAUGUCACUCCAGCCUUCGUGUACGUCCUGGCUGUGUUCUCCGCGCUGGGAGGCUUUCUGUUUGGGUAUGACACCGGGGUGAUCUCCGGGGCGAUGCUCCUGUUAAAGAGGGAGCUGGACCUGAGCGCGCUGUGGCAGGAGGUGCUCAUAUCCAGCACCGUGGCAGCGGCAGCCCUUUCUGCCCUGCUGGGAGGUUUCCUCAACGGGCUCUUCGGGCGCAGGGUGUGCAUCCUGUUGGCCAGCUUCUUCUUCACAGUCGGAGGGAUCGUGCUGAGCACCGCUCCCGGGAAAGAGGCGCUUCUGGCGGGGAGACUGAUCGUUGGGGUGGGCUUAGGUAUCGCCUCCAUGACGGUGCCCGUGUACAUCGCUGAAGCCUCUCCGCCCCACCUCAGGGGUCAGCUAGUGACUGUUAACACUCUCUUCAUCACUGGGGGGCAGUUCACUGCCAGCCUCAUUGACGGCGCUUUCAGCUACAUGCGGCGUGAUGGAUGGAGGUACAUGCUGGGUCUGUCUGUGCUUCCUGGUUUGCUCCAGUUCAUCGGAUUCCUCUUCCUGCCUGAGAGCCCUCGUUGGCUGAUCCAGUGCGGGUUGACCCAGAAGGCACGCCGGGUGCUCAGCCAGAUCCGAGGCAACCAGAACAUAGAUGAGGAGUACGACAGCAUCAAGAACAGCAUCGAGGAAGAGGAGAAAGAGAGCGGAGGAGACGGCCCUGUGAUCUGGAGGAUGCUGACCUACCCCCCGACUCGGAGAGCUCUAGUGGUGGGAUGCGGCCUUCAGAUGUUCCAGCAGCUCUCGGGAAUCAACACAGUGAUGUACUACAGUGCCACUAUCCUGCAAAUGUCUGGAGUCCGUGACGACAGACUGGCAAUCUGGCUAGCGGGGCUGACCACACUUACUAACUUCCUGUUUACCCUUCUGGGCGUGUGGCUCGUGGAGAGGGUAGGCCGUAGGAAGCUCUCUUUAGGCAGCAUUCUAGGCACAUGUUUGAGUUUGAGUCUGCUGGCUGUAGGUUUUCUGAUGUCUGCUCAACACAGCCCUCCAGUUACGGUUCACCCUCUGGACCCUAUGAUGGCUAACUCCACCUGCUCCAAGUAUCAGAUGUGCGAGCCAUGUAUGCUGGACCCUCGCUGUGGCUUCUGUUACCGGGAGAACGGCUCAACACUCAUCGCCUCCUCCUGUGUGUCGGUCAAUAAGGAGUCCACCGAGCACGCAGCAUGGGGCAGAUGUUCAAAUUCUACCCUCAUGAGAGAUCAGACUUACUGGGCCUAUAACUACUGCCCCACCUCAUAUUCUUGGCUGGUUUUGUUGGGGCUGGUGCUCUACUUGGCUGCUUUUGCUCCGGGUAUGGGACCGAUGCCAUGGACCAUUAACUCAGAGAUCUACCCGCUGUGGGCGAGGAGCACAGGGAACGCCUGUGCUGCAGGAGUUAACUGGACCUUCAACAUCUUGGUUUCUGUCACCUUCCUCCAUCUGGCUCAGUACCUAACUUACUAUGGAGCUUUCUUUCUGUACUCCAGCAUGGCGCUGCUGGGCUUCAUCUUCAUCUACGGCUGCCUGCCAGAAACCAAAGGCCGGCGCCUGGAGGAGAUCGAGGCGCUGUUUGAAAACCAGCUCUGCUCAUGCGGCGCCUCUGACUCGGACGAGGGCCGGCAGGUCGAGUAUAUCCGCGUCAAAGGUUCCAAUUACCAUCUGUCGGACAACGACGCGUCGGACGUGGACUAAGAAGAGCUUAUCCGUUGCUGAAACCUGCUCCGAAAAACCUGCAGAGCGAUCCGGUCUAUAAUAUCCAUCUCAUUUUGUGAUCGGUGCCACUGGUUACCCUCACCAUGAGGUUAAGACAGACCUCGAUCAGGAGGCGAGACUGUUUCCCCUAACACUCAAUGCAAAAUAAUCUGGUACAACUUUGUUCCUAAAAGGUACAAUACAUGUGUCGCUUGGAAACCGCAUCACCUUAGCUGACCUGACAGCUGUCGUCGUGACUUGUUGUAUCUCCAUAGUGCCGUUAUACCUUUCAGUAUGAGAUACGGUUCCGAUUAGUGUUGUUUCAGCUUGUAGCAUAAUGCAGUAAUUUUAGCUCCCCUAGAUGGUAGUCUCCAGUUUGUUGAUGGUCUCAAACGUUUUACGAAAAGCAAUGAACAGACAUGCACAAUGUUACACCUUAGCACACUUGCAUUGAGACCCCUUUGGAAGCACAGGAAUGUUAUGUUAAGGAAGUUUUCUAAUGUUGAUCCUACUGCCACAAGAUGUGCCAACAACC